CUUUUUAUCUCUCCCACGCUUUGUCUGGUGCUCUUAGUUUCUUUCAAAUUUCCUCCAAAGCUCCAACCUGUACAAACUUCCUCUCUCUUUCUCUCUACAAGAAAUUCUUCGAAAUCUUCCAUAAUUUUCAUCAGAGCUAUGCAGUCUCAGACUCGGACGGUUCAAGUCAAGCACGUUUCGGAUCUAGCUACUGAGAGGGAGAUUCACGAGUUCUUCUCCUUCUCUGGAGAAAUUGAGCACAUAGAGAUUCAAUGUGAACAAGGGGAAUCCAAGACUGCGUUUGUUACAUUUACAGAUCCUAAAGCUCUUGAAAUUGCCUUGUUGUUAUCGGGAGCAACGAUUGUGGAUAAGAUCGUGAGCAUAACUCCUGCUGAAAAUCAUGUACCAAGAAGAGAAAUACAGGAAGUACGUGUUGCAGACAAUGCUGCAUGUCUCACGCCUACAGAAAAUAAUUCUCCUAGCCGUGAGGAUUCUGCGAGCCAGCCUAGCAGUGGAAAAAUGUAUGUUAAUAGAGCACAGGAAGUAGUCGCAACUGUGCUUGCUAAAGGUUCAGCAAUUGGACAUGACGCCAUGAACAAGGCAAAAGCAUUUGACGAAAAGCACCGGUUAACAGCCAGUGCAUCUGCAAAAGUAUUAUCCUUCGACAGAAGGGUUGGGCUCACGGAGAAAUUAACAGUUGGGAUAUCAGCGGUUAACGAGAAAGUCAAGUCUGUGGAUCAAAAGCUUCAUGUUUCAGAUAAAACAAUGGCUGCAAUCUUUGCAGCUGAGAGGAAACUCAAUGAUACAGGCUCUGCUGUCAAAACAAGCAAGUAUGUGACAGCAAGUGCUGCAUGGCUAAAUGGCGCUUUUGGCAAGGUCGCUAAAGCAGGGCAAGCAGCAGGUACAAAGACCAGAGAAAAGUUCCAUUUGGCUAUGUCAAACUUAAUUUCAAAGGUGCGUUUUAGAAAUGAAACCCUUUUCUACGACAACUUAAAAGUUGAUAUUCUUCGGAAAAUAACUUUGCUGUGAGUAACUAAAAACAAGCGUAGGAACAACAGUUUUUCUAAAUUAGUUACUUGAAUAUAUUUUUCUAGUUUUUUUGUUUUAUGGAUUAGCCAAAACCAUGCCUAUAAAAGGAAUUUUUCCAAAAGAAGAGAGCUCUCUAAAACCUCACUUGGUUCAUGUCUCCGUCAAAGAACCUAGGUUUUUUCGAGUCAUAAAGAAAAACAAACUAGAUUAACCUAACUAAGAUCUAUUUCUGAGCAUUUUCAAUUCAAACAAAUCUUCAAAGACUAUCAAGAUUAAAAAAAAUAAUAGCUAAUAAAAAAAUUAACCUAAGAUCUCAUUUGGUAACUAUUUUAUUUUAAAACUUUUGUUUUUGAAAUUUAUGUUUGUUUCUUCACAAUUUUUCUAUUAUUAUUUUCACCUAUCUUAAAGAAACACUUGAAUAUCUAGUCAUGUUCUAAAAUUAAAAAACUGAAGUUUUCAAAACUAGAUUGGUUUUUGAAAACUUGAGUAAAAAGUGCCAAUAAAGCAUAGGAAUUUAUGGGUGGGAGUAGUGCUUACAAGAACUUAUUUUAAGAAACCAGAUGGUGACACAAAACUAACAAAACUAAUCUAUUUAAUAUUUAGUUUCUGUGAAAUUCUCUCUAGUUGAAACUUGAAACUGCAUAAGGUUCAUUAUUGGCUGCACUUGUUGUAGCUAACCUUUUUGCUUUGAAACAUGCAGGAACCCCCAGUUGUUGCCUAAGCUUAAAAUUUACCCCUCACUUGGCUUGGUUGCUUGUAUUUUCUGCGAGGUAUUGAAAUUGGUUUCUUGAAUGUAUUCUAUUUCUUCAGUACUGUUCUCUAGUGUUUUUCUUUUCUUUCUUUCUAAGUAUUAAUUUUUUGUAUUGUUCAUAUUCUUUUACAAUGAUGUUUGGCUGAUGACAAUUUUGCAUUUGUAAAAUUGGUUAAGGAAGUGUAAAGAAAGUCCAAUUAUGUUUUGUCUUA